AUGUCCAAAACUGUCAUUGUCGGAGGCGGCAUUAUCGGACUUUCCACCGCAUAUUAUCUAUCUCAAUCACCAGGCGCUCCCUCUGACCAAAUCCACAUUGUCGAAGCUUCUCCACGCUUCUUUGCCUCCGCUUCUGGCUUCGCUGCAGGGUUCUUAGCGCGCGACUGGUUCUCCCCUGCAACGGCUGCCCUAGGAGCGCUCUCUUUCGACCUUCACAAGGAACUAGCAGAAAAUUUCAACGGACGAGAAAGAUGGGGCUAUAGUCCCAGCACAUCUGGCAGUUUGAAUCUCAGUGGUGUCGCAGGCGGGCCCCGUGGCGAAGACUGGCUGCGAGACGGAACGAGUCGUGCCGAAGCAGCGAAUGCUGCUCAACAGUUCUUCAAAGAGGGCGAGGGCCCGUCAUGGCUCACGCAUCCCAAGGGCACGGAUCUAGAACUACUCAGCGGCGGGGAGAGCACAGCCCAAGUGGACCCCCUGAAACUAUGUCAAUUUCUCCUGGAACAAUGCAAAGUGCGCAAUGUACAAAUCCAUCAGCCUGCCGAAGCCAUUUCCAUCUCGCAGGAUCUACGGGGCGAGAUCUCCAGCGUGCGCAUCGCGGAAGGCGAAUCCGAGACCGAUAUCCCUUGCACCCAUGUCGUUUUCACGGCUGGCGCAUGGACUCCUACUGCGUUUUCCAGAGUGUUCCCUCAGGCAGGUAUUAAGAUACCAGUGACGCCGCUAGCUGGACACUCGCUGGUCGUCAAGUCCCCGCGGUGGACAGAAGAGCACGAGAUUCGCGGAUGCCAUGCCGUCUUCACGGCCGACCCACGAGGGUUCAGUCCAGAAAUCUUCUCCCGACUCGGUGGAGAAAUAUACCUCGCGGGUGUGAACUCAAGUACGAUCCCGCUGCCAGAGAAGGCGACCGAGUCCGAACCACAGCGCGAGUCGAUGCAGCAGUUGGAACACACGGCAAAGCAAUUGCUGGGAAUCGCGUCAGAUAAAUCUACCGCUGAAGGUGAAGGGGCAGGUGCCACUGUAGGAGGCCAAUUGAGUGGGAGUCUAAGUGACCUGGAACUUGUGCGGGAAGGGCUUUGCUUCAGACCCGUCACGCCGAGCGGCAAGCCCAUCCUCACGAGGAUACAGGAUGACAAGCUGGGUUAUGGAAUUUCGACCCGCGGCGGUGGCGAGGGCGGCGUGUUUGUCAGCGCGGGCCAUGGUCCGUGGGGCAUCAGCAUGAGCUUGGGCACAGGGAAGGUCCUUGCAGAAAUGGUUCAGGGGCUGCAGACUUCUGCCGAUGUUAGUGCACUGGGUAUAUAAUCUAAGCCUAGGAUCAGCAAUAUGGCAAUAUAUUCGGGCUGCAUAUAUGGGAUUGGAGCCGUCAUGCUCGUUCAGGGUAAAUUUCAAAAAGCUUGUUGCGCUGCAUCCCUUUGCAUUUGGAACGAUAUUUUUUGAAAGAACACCUGAUUGAAAAUGGCAUCACGCUCUCGAAUCGAAGUCCACGCAGAGGAUGAACCACGCGAAGGAUGAAAUGAAUGUAUCGCUCCAGUCGAGAGUAAAGGUCUGGAAUAUAUUGAUAUUUAAUUCCUCGUGAACAGACACUCAUCGAUGUCCUGGGAAUCAUUCAUCCCCUGCAUGUACAUGAAAAUAAUAGAAGAAUUCGUAUCCUAGACGCCCGGCCGGGAUUAUUGCCUAUACAUAAAAACUCCGAUAUCCUUAAAACACCCGUAUGAGAUAUUUGCCUCGACCAUCGCAUAUCAAAAAG